AUGGGGGUCUGGAACUCAGGCAGCGAUAUCUUCCUAAGCCUUUGGGGAAUCUAUGUGUCUCCAAGAAGCCCUGGAUGGAAGGACUUUAUUCAGCAUUUGGGAGUUUGUUGUUUUGUUGCUUUCAUUUCCCUGGGCCUCCUCUCAGUGGCCUUCUCCUGGUUUCUGUCCUCAUCUGCUGUCUUCGCCGCCUCCUGGGUGAUCACAUGGGUUCUGCUGUGCUGCUCCAAGCACGUGAGGUGUUUCAUUUUCCUCCUCUUCCUCUCCUGUGGCCUGCGUGAAGGCAGGAAUGCUUUGCUCACAGCUGGCACAGGGGCAGUCAUCUUUGGACAUGUGGAAAAUAUCUUUCACAACUUUAAGGGUCUGUUGGACAGUAUGAGUUGCAACCUAAGGGCAAAGAGCUUUUCCAUACAUCUGCCGCUUUUGAAAAGGUAUAUUGAAGCAAUUCAGUGGAUUUACAGCCUUACCACUCACCUGAGCCUAUUUGAUGACCUUGUUUCUUGGAACCAGACUCUGGCAGUCUCUCUUUUCAGUCCCAGCCAAGCCCUGGAGGCACAGCUAAAUGACACUAAAGGCGAAGUCCUGGGGGUCUUGUACAAGAUGGUGACCACGACAGAGAUGCUGUCCUCCUUGGGCGAGCCACUACUUGCCCUCGCAGGGCUUUUGCUGGUGCUACUUGGCACUGGCCUUUUCAUGAAGCGCUUUCUGGACCCUCAUGGUUGGAAGUUUGAAAACAUCUACAUCACCAGACAGUUUGUUCAGUUUGAUGAAAAGGAGAGGCACCAACAGAGACCCUGUGUCCUCCCGUUGAAUAAGAAGGAAAGGAAGAAGUAUGUGGUCAUCCCAUCUUUCCGGCUCACUCCUAAAGAAAGGAAGAACCUGGGGCUGUUUUUCCUCCCCAUACUUACCCAUCUCUACAUAUGGGUGCUGUUCGCAGCCAUUGAUUUUCUGCUGUAUUGGCUCAUUUUCUCCGUGAGCAGACAUUUCCAAAGCUUGCCAGCGCUGGAGGUUCACUUGAAACUGCACAGGGAGGAGCAAGGAACUCAAAACAUCAUCCAUGAUUCCUCUUUUAAUAUAUCUCUGUUUGAACCCAACUGCAUUCCCAAACCGAAGCUCCUUCUGUCUAAGACUUGGAUUCCUCUCAGCAUUAUUCUUGUGAUACUAGUGAUGCUAGGACUGUCAUCCUCCUUCCUGAUGCAACUUAAAAUCCUGGUGUCAGCAUCUUUCUACCCGAGCGUGCAGGGGGAGCGCGUCCAACACCUGCACGCGAAGCUGCUGAGGAAGAGGGCAAAGCAGCCGGGAAGGGAAGCGCACAGGCCGCCGAACCUGUACUUCACAAAGAUUCAUUUCUGGCUUCCAGUCCUGGAAGUGAUUAGAAAGAAGCAAGUGGACACUGCAGGUGGUGACAAUCCGUGAGCAACUCCCACGUAGUGCCUCGGCCACCCUUCUCCAGCUGCUCUCCCGG